UUAUAAAAAUGGUUACUAAAUCAUUGCUGUAAACACGUCGAGAUGGUUCUUAGUGUUUGUUUACUUCAAGGACGCGAUGCCGCUUUAUUAGGUAAUUCCUUUAGCAGUGGGAACCAUGCGUGAGGCUACAUGCAGAAGGGAGGAAAGCUAGUAAUGCUGCGAGGUGCUGACUUGUUCAAGAGAUUUGUUCAGUCACCAGCUCGAAGGGUCAUCAAGUAUGCAUUUGAGAAACAUCUUUUUGCAACAAAUGUUACAAUUUCACUUACAUUAUCAGGGGUGGGAGAUGUCCUGCAGCAGCAUCAUAACAUCAUCCAGCAGCAGCAGCACUCUUGGGACAGGGCUCGGACACGCCACAUGACUUGCACUGGUGUGACAGUGGGUGCUCUCUGUCAUCACUGGUAUGUGCUGCUGGACCGUCGCCUGCCAGGACGCUCACUGGCGGUAGUGUUAAAAAAGCUUCUGGUGGACCAGCUGUUGUUCUCUCCUGUGUGCCUCACUGUGUUCUUCUUGUCCCUGGGAUUGUUCCAGGGUGGUGACUGGAGCACCUUUGUCUCUGAUGUGCGGCACAAGAGCUGGCGGCUCUACGCAGCGGAAUGGCUUGUGUGGCCUCCAGCACAGUUGGUGAACUUCUAUCUGUUGCCUACCAAAUUCAGGGUCCUUUACGAUAACUCCAUCUCUCUUAUGUUUGAUAUUUACACCUCCCAUGUCUGUUAUGAUAAAAAGAUUGUGGAGGAUAACUGAUGUGAGUGUAUGUGUGUGUGUUUGAAUAUCCAUACUUUUGUGAGUUGUCUUGUGUACAUAUAUGGACAUUCCUUAUGAAAAGAAGAGAUACAUAUAUUUCACAUUGUCUGUGAAUAGAUGUAUUUAAAUGUUGUGAAUCAUGUACAAAUUGUAAAGAAUUUUAUUAGUAUAUAUAUAUUAUUCAAAUUUA